UAGAGAAUAAGCCAGUAAGCGAACAGAUAAAACCUUCUGUAUAACGUCAUUCAAAUGGGACCCAAAAAAAGUGACAGCAAAAAAAGAAGCGUAAAACAACUGUCUCCAAAUUUAAGUUUGCCUUUCAUCCUCCAGUUUCUUUGUUCGGAUGCCGUAAAACUGUAUUGUUAGAGAUGACGUUGCAAUGGACUGCAGUUGCCCUCUUCCUCUAUGUGGAAAUAGGUGUACUCCUCAUCCUCUGUCUACCCUUCGUCUCAGCCACCAGAUGGCAGAGUAUCUUCCAGCUAAGAAUAUGGAACAAAAUGGCCAGGUUUUGGAAUAAAUUCUUCCUCGCCAUGAUCAUAAUCCUUAUAGUCCUCUUCCUCGAUGCUGUGCGUGAGGUGAGGAAGUAUUCGGGGGCGGGAAACAGCAAGGAUGCUAAUCUGCAUCCCAACAUGUUUGACAACCUCCACAUGAAGCUGUUCAGAGCCCAGAGGAACCUCUACAUCUCUGGCUUUACCCUCUUCCUCUGGCUAGUGCUGAGGCGGGUGAUCACUCUGAUCAACCAGCUGGCGACGGCGUCUAGCACCACGGCCUCUCUGCAGACCAAGGCAGAGAGUGAUAACCAAACUGCCAAGAAAUACAUGGAGGACAACGAGCUACUGAAACAGACUCUGAUGGAUGGGAAGGGGAACAAGGCCACAGCAGAGGGAAACGAGCUGCUGAAAAAAGAGAUGGAGAAACUGAGAGGAGAACUGAAGGGCUCAGGGGAAGCCUUGAAAAAGUCCCAAUCCGAGAUGGAAGCUAUGAAGAAACAAUCCGAUGGACUGACCAAAGAAUACGACCGACUGCUGAAAGAACACCAGAAUCUUCAAGAGUGUGGAGACAAAAAGGAUGAUUGAUCGGGGUUAUGACUACAGCUGUCAGAACGUUUACAGAUUGUACCAAGGAACCAGAAAA